UCAACUCACGCAAGCCUUUUGCAACACAUAAAACAACAUCCACGUUCGUUUAUUCCCCGACCUCUUCAAGCAACAAAUAGUACCCAAACCAGUCCGCUCGCUCCGAAUCGCAACGCUCGUUACAGAACGCCUCACGGAACUAUGAAGUCCAACUCCGUCCUCCCCGUCCUUACUGCUGUGGCAGCCCGCGCGGCGUCUGCUGCCGGCACUCCCAACUGCUACUCGUCCCUGGCCGAGGGCGACUUUGGCACGGGCAGCAACAGCACCUUCGCGUUCCUCUCGUACGGCUCCUGCCGGGAGCAAUGCAGGGGCGCAGCCUUUGCAUACUCUGCGCUCCAGGGCGAGACGUGCACCUGUGGCGCCGCCCUGCCCCCGGCCAGCGCCCUCGUCGGCGAUGACGAGUGCAACACGCCCUGCCCGGGCUAUCCCCUCGACAUCUGCGGCGGGCCCAACGCCUGGACCAUUAUCGAUACUGUCCCUGGGGCCAGCCAGAGCUCCGUGACCGACGUGCCAUACUACACGGCCAACUCCACCACCCCUGCCCCGACUGGCGUCCACAGCAGCACCACCACCUCCGCGUCCGCCACCAGCUCGACCUCUGUGAUCCCCACUGCCGGCGCCGUCGCCGAGGGUGCCUACUUGGGCGGCGUUGCCGCUGCCAUGGGUCUUGGUGUCGUGUACAACCUGUUCUAAACUCGCUCUUUGGGCAUGAGCAUCAUUGGGCGUAGCCAGCGUCUACAUGAUAUUAGCACGCAUACGUGCGUAUUUAAGGAUAGGGGAAAGUUGGAGGCUAUCUCGUCCGGGAUCACAAGAGAUCAAGGCCUGACGUGGAUAUGACAACACGCGGUGCUUGUAGCCGCAUAGAGCAGGUUUUCUCCGCAGACCAAUAAGGCGCCAGUACAAAAAUAGUAGAGAAAAUCCAGGAUUCUGGGCCAACACGAUUGUCAUUUUCGGGGCUGUGCUUUUCGCUGCGUGAAAUAGUAGCUUUUUCGAGGUACUUGCGAUCGUCAAAACUCCGUGCCACUUCCGACUGAGCAAUGAUUGUAAGCGUAGGUGCUUUGACAGGCGCCAGGGUCGUGUGGGACUCGUUUGAAUCGAGCCCUUUUGAACUCAUCUAGGAAACCUCGAAUGCGAAUUGCGGACUA